AUGGCCGAGCACGCUGCAGCGGUGAGGGAAAGAAACGUCGGCUCUCAGGGGGCAGCUCAUUCCACAGAAUCCUGCCAUAUUUUCAAGUUUCAAGAGGUCCAAAUCCUCGCAAGGGGUGACACCCGCGUGAGCCGCGAGCUCCUCGAAUCAUGGUUCUCAGGCCCGCAAUCCAUCAACAAGCGCAAUGAUCUCUCGGUACCCAGUGGUGAAACAUUCCCUGAGCAGGGAAAUCAGUCACGUGGGGAGGGCGCUCGGGCGAGCAAUGAUCCCAGUGACAGCGAAUCGAAUUGCCGAAUGAUCAUCACGUCCAAAUCCAACACGGAUGAUGAAAUCGUGGCCAUUAAUGACUCGGACGCGGACUGA